AUGCAGUUGAAGUCCAUCAUCCUCGCUUUGGCUUUCAGUGCCUUUGCUCAGGCUCAGACUAUUCACGGCUACACCAAAAAGGAUUGCCCGAGCGACUCCUCCAAAACUGCUUCCCAGCAGACAACCCUGGACAAGUGUCUGACUCUGGACGGUAACGAUUACAAGUCCCUCAAGGGUAGCCCUGGCGACUACGUCCUCACGGCAUUCGCGGAAACGAGUUGUAAUGGCAACGGCUAUGCCCUGCCGCCCGGCAAGUGCAUCAACGGCGACAAGUUCACAACUUAUGAGAUCCAAUUUAUCCCCAUCGCCAAGCGAGACAACGCAACGGCCCUGCUGGAGUUGUACGCCGACUACUACGCCGAAUUCCCCGAGGAGGCCGAGGAGCUUAAGAAGCGCCAGUUGAACGAAGCGUAG